UUAAUUAUUUAUUAUUCGAACCCAGUUUUGUUAUUUUUAUUUUAUUUGUAAGGAUAUUGAAUGUUUUUAGGAACUUUUAUACAAAGAAUAAGGAUAGCAUAUUAUAUUUUAAAGAAACAAUCGUCUUGUAGGUGGAUAAUGAAAACAGGUCGAUACGAAUGGUCUGAAGUAUUUUUUGACCCAUCCUAAUUAAGCAUGUUAAGAAUAAAUAUUUAUAGUACCGAUCAAACAGACGGUAAAGCAUUGUUAUAAACAUUAUGUUCUACAGUACAAGUUUCGUAUGCAUUUAUAUCGUGUUCGAAACAUUCCUACUCAUGUGUUUUAUGAGAAAUUAUAUCAGGCGUAAGGCAGUAAAAAGAUUACGUAAAUUAUAUUAAACUAAUUAUAGUGAAUUAGAAUAUAAAAAACCGAAAAUCCUUUCAAAACUAAAAUAUAAAGCAGCGAACUAUAGUUAGUUUAAUAUACUAAUACACACAGGGUGUUACUUAUUUCUUACAUGAAUUUAGAAUCAUACUAAAUAUCAAGCAUUUUUCCAUAAACAUAUUAUUUUUCCCUCGGCAGAAUAAUUGUACGUUGAUGAACAUAAUUCUUCGCGAUUUAUAAAAAUAUAAUAACUUAUAAGAUGAAUUUAAAAAUCUAUGAGACAGAUCAUAAAUUAAUAUAAUUGUAACUUUUUAGAAAUAUUUAUACAAAUAAAACAAUGAAUGAACCGAUUUAAUUUUUCUUGCAUUACCCAAAAGUCAGAAGUGUCUGUUAAUGAUAAGAAUAUGAUUGAUAUCCAGAAAAGCAAUACAGACUUUCACCGGAUUGGCGUGCUAUUUAUAAUAAAAUCAGUCCUUAAGCCACGGCUCAAACUAAGAAGGAUCGAGCACGUCAGUUCGAUUUUAAAUCCGAUCAACCUCGGUUCAAAAAUCCGGCAUAACUGAAUCCUCAAUCAGAAAUUCAAUUGUUCAACACAAUGACACCUACUCAGUGCUUAAUUUUAUUUAUCACCGGCACGUUUUGUGUUUACGGUUUAUGGAGAACUGGCUCAAUGUCGUGGGAAACGUCCACAGUGCACGCGAAAGCGUCGAUUCAAUUUGAUCUCUCGAUACCAACGUCGACACUUCACAGAUCAUUAUCAAAUAAGACAGCGAGGAGAAUUGUAACUGAGAAAAGUCGUAAGAGGAAGUACAGAGGACUUGUGUCCAAAUACAUGCUGGAACUGUACCAUAGAAGAUUAGACGUGGACGUAGUCAGAGCCGUGCAACCUAUGCACACAUCCAGUCCAACGAUGGACGGUGCAAGGAUCCUAGCGUUCACCGUGCCGCCUAUAGACCCUAAGGAAAUCCUAGAAGCAGCCGAGCUGCUUGGAGCGGCCGGGUCGAUCCUAAGAGUGCGCGUGAAUCAUAAAAAUGUCUCGGAAUCUCGUAAAUCGAGGAGUGACGACAACUGGAGAGCUUUCGACGUGACUUCGGCUGUGACUUUGAAAAGCAGCGGCGAAACAGUUAGAUUUUGGGUUUACGGGAAAAUCGGUUACCAGCCAUUAGGAAACGGCCCUGUGUUGCUCCUAAGCUACAGCAAGUUGCGGAAGAAGAUUUCACGCAGAUCCGUUCACGAGGAGGAUUUCAUGCAAGAGGAGGAGGACGUCCCUUUAAGAAAAAGACGCAGGAACUCGUGCAGGAGGCGUCCCUUGUAUGUGGACUUCGCGUUGAUAGCGUACGACGAGUGGGUCGUUGCCCCGCCGGGCUACGAAGCUUAUCAGUGCCUCGGGAAAUGCUUUUAUCCGUUCGGGGACCACUUGAGCCCCACCAAACACGCGAUCGUUCAGACGCUGGUACACGGGGCACUUCAGGGAGUCGGGAACGGGAACAGGCCAGUCGGCAGGGCUUGCUGCGUACCGACCAGGCUAGCACCCACCAGUUUGCUUUAUCUCGACGCCAGCGGAACGUUGACUUAUCAAUACGGUUACGAGGAUAUGGUCGUUGCUGAGUGCGGCUGUCGGUAGCGCAACUGAUUUUACAAAUUAAUCCAUUUGUCUCAUAUACUUCCGGCAGAGAGGAACAGAGUUCCUCUCUGCUUCCGGUUAUGAAUGUUAUAAUAAUAUAAUGUUUCGUAUAAUGAUUGAUACAUUAGCGAUGCAAAUGGAUUAGCUAUUACUACUUGUAUGAUAUGGAAUAAUUACAUCGUGUAGAAGAAUUAUUAAUAAUGAAAAUGAUGCGUAAUAAACUGUUAUAAAGGUAUCCGACUUAGCAGAGGAGAAUUUAUAGAAUGGCUGAACAAAAUACAAAUGCCGAUCAUAAACGCUGAUAGGAUUUAUGGAACGAAGUAAUAAAAUGGGGUAAGAUCAAGGAAACGAGUGAAACUAUCGUAAGCGUUCUCAAUCUCGUGAAAUCUAGAAAACCGCGAAAUAGUUUAACGAGGCCGUUCCGAGUGAUCCGAAAGUGCACUUCCCUCGAUGUUGAUCGAU